AAGCCGCACAAAUUUAGGUGUUCGUCGAUUUGGAUACAAAAUUCUAAGAAAUCUGUGCCAAAAAAUCCGUCACAUCGUUUCUGCCCAGCCCACUCUUACAGGCAGGAAGUGAUUGUGCAUUGUAUACUUACUCCGCUAAAAAAUUCAUAACAAGAUGUCGACAUCUUUUUAACAUCUUAUCCCCCCCCCCCGCCCCAGGAUCCUACAGAGUUGAGAGUGUCUCUUAUUUUGUUACUGAUGGAGACGACUUGUUUACAUUUAUUUAUCUAGGCAGAGUUGGACCCACUUUUACUUCUGGUUGGGUGGUUUGGUUGUAAAGAGAAACACAGCAGGGGGAAAGUAAGUAUAUUUAUGAGGAAAAAGUAAUAUGUAGAUAGAUAUGAUUUUUAAGUUGGGAAAAAAGAUUCUAUUUUUUAUCCUGAAAGAAAGAUAUGAAAUGUUGUGUUGUUGUUUGGAGAUGUUUACCAAAGUGGGGAAAGUGGCAGGAUGUCACGUGUCAAAAAGUAUUGUGGAUGAUUAUGUAGACUUGGAAUGGAUAAGGUUGUAGUUAUUUCGGUGUGUCGGUAAAUUUCUAACUAAUCGCGAGUCAUAUUUUGCAAAACGCAAGUGGGAGAGGACAAUUAAUUAGCACUGCGGCUGGUCAGACUUCUAAUUAUGGUAUGGUCGGCCACCCCACAAAUUAUAUAGUUAGAAAUUGAUCAAUUAUUUAUGUGCAUGAUAAUUAAGUUAUUUAGGCACAACCUAACCGUGCUGACUAGAAUGCAUAUGUAAACCAUUGUCUAUACAUACUUAAUACUAGUACAUAAUUAAAAUCCGUGAUAACUUUGAAAAAAAUUAGAUAUUGGGUGGUUCCUGUUAAAAGCGUCAUGCUACCCUUAUCAUAUCUGAUUAUGAUACAUACACAUAAGCGAACACAUAUAUUUGUCUAUACAUCAAGUUCUGCAUUGGAAUCAGUCUGCUUACAGAACUUACAGAUCGUGAGUGGAUAACACUAAACUUAAUAAUUUGAUUGAAAUAGCGUACAUAGUGAGGAAGCUUCGUUUUUGUAAAUUAUACAUAAAACAUGUCAGGAGGUGGUGGCGGUGGUGGGGGUGGUGCUGGAAAAGGGGGUCACGGGGGAAGAGGUGGUGACGGAGGGGCAGCGGGAUGUAGAGGUCAAGACGGUCAACCUGGAACGGGCACAGGGGCUGGAAGUGGGGGACGUGGGGGUUCACCUGGUUUCGAUGGGGGGCGUGGUGGCGAUGGCUCCCAUGGGACUGGAGGUGACGGGGGUAAAGCCGGCGGUGGCGGCGGUGGCGGCGGAAGUGGGGCGAGAAAGUAAUAAAGAUCUUGAGAGGAAGUAUUGUAACAUUUGAAUAAAUAUUGUUUCACAUAAAAUUGACAAAUAAUUCUGGAACUAUAUUCUUGUAAGAUGUAUCGACUUCAUUUAAAAAUUACAACUCAUGCCGUACGUUUCAUAAAGCAAAACAAGGUUCAUUACGAUUUUUAAGAGUAUUUAAUUGAUGGCAGUUUAUGCAUAACGUCUUAGAAUUACUUAUUAGGGAACCGUCUUAUCAAUCUAUGAAUGAAUGAUUCUCCAGAAAAAGGUCGCUGGUCUUUUUCAUAUAUAUAUCUUGUAGAAUAAGAAAUAAGAGAUUAAGAAACACUUUUUUUUAUUUAAAAAAAUCUAACUAAAAAAUGGACAAACAAAAUGGCUGACUUAUGUAAUUGAUUUCACUUCUACAUAUAUUACUAAAGAUUUAUGGAUGACCACAGAGAGGGAAUACUUCGAAAUAUUCAAAAUAAAUCGACCAAAUUAUUGAAAUUUGUAAAUCACUUGAGUUACAUAAGUGGCGGUGGCCAUAAAAUCUAACUUGGUAACAGCGUGCAAUUAUUUAAUGGCGUAACUUUUAUAAAAUUAGAUAAUAUAUGUAUUGUUACCACUGUAUUUGUUGCAUACAUAUGUACAUAUGCACCUGCAUCAAAAAAUAGAUUACUUUGCAUAAUAAAAA